AUGAGGCAGAGCUCUGGAGCUCCCGCAUUAACUACACUUGCAUUUGAAAAAUCCUGCAGCCAACUGGAAAAGUUGAUUGCCAAUGAAAAAGCCUCAGCGACCUUUAUCUGCGGUGGCCAAAUCCAGAUCGAACAUAAUACUUCUGUCCCCACGCACCAGGUGUCCCGUCCAGUCCGUAUUGCCUGGACUGCGAAGGAUGGAUCUGAGGAGCGAAAGCUAGUACUGCCUAUUACAGCCUAUCCUGAUUCCAAUGUUGAAAGAAUUCGUCAACUGGCUACAGAUUGCUCUGCCGCCAGCUUCGGUAGAAGACAUGAAGAUGUGAUUGACCCAGAGUAUCGUAACGCCGGAAAGCUUGACCCCGAACAAUUCCUAAGCAGCUUCCACCCAGCUGAUUUUGGAAUUAUCGAAGAUGUUGAGCAAUUCCUCCUUCCCAAUUUCAUUAGCGAUGCAGAGAACCAGCUACCCUCUCGAAAGCUGACGGCUGAGCUUUACAAGUUGACUCGCCUCGGCGAUCUAGUGGACCAUAGCGACUGUGAGCAUGAGAUCAAGACAAUCACGGCCGGCGAAAGAAUUACAUUAACAUCUAACCUUUACGUGACUGAGUCGGGAUGUAAUGCGGCUCCCAGAAAUGUUAGUGUGGACUCUAAGACACUGCCUCUAUACGCCUCAUUAAGAGGUCUUCUUGCAGAGCCAGCGUUUCUCAAAGAUGGUGGCGUUCUUGGCAUCUACUGCUCUCAUGCGUAUCCGCACUCUUCAAAAUAUGUCGAAGAACUUAUUCCGAGAGGUCUUAAAGGUGUUGACUUGGUUUCUUAUUCCAUAUUGAGGUCUCUCGGUAUGGAAGUACAUGUACUCCCUGUAUUGAGUUCUAGUUCCUUUGAUGAAGACUGCAAUGAAGAGGAGGCAGAGGACCAAACGACAGACUACCUCCGGGAAGGCAAGUAUUUUUGA